AUCUCUUAACUUUUGACCCAAAAGAAAACAAAAGCUAUCUCUUAACCGACCGGAUUAACUACAAGAGCUAGCUACUCGGAGCUGUAACGCAGAAGAUCACCACAUCUACAGAAGUAUUCCCACACCGACAUGUCGAGAUCCUUAGCUCUCGUUUACUUAUCCACACUUUUCCUUCAUACCCAUCUCUCGAUCUCCCUCGAGGUUACAGUUUCGUCGGUGACUGGAGAAGUCAACGCAAUGCUUGACCGGAAUGGGGUAAUCGGGGAAGAAGGAGAGGAGAUGAUGCCAUCGGAGAUAAGCAGGAGAGUAAUGAUGAUGAAGAAACAGUACAUAAGCUAUGGAACGCUGAGGAGAGACAUGGUUCCUUGUCAGAAACCUGGUGCUUCCUACUACGCUUGUCGCUCAGGACAAGCUAAUUCUUACAGCCGAGGAUGCAACGUCAUUACAAGGUGUGCUAGAGACACUAACGACAUCAAGACCUGAAAACAUUUUUUUCCGCCUAUCUUUUAAAAUGCGGUACUUGAUUAUGAGUUUGAAAUGCUCUCUCUAAAGGUGAGCAAGGCAGGUUUAAUCGUAUCUCUUUUGUAAUGUUGUUGUUUGCAGUAGAAAACUCUUAUAUAGUUUUAUGUAAUAAAUGGUGAAACAACUGACUAGAAUUGUUGAGUGGAUUGAUAGACGGAAGAUCGAUAAAGUUGAAGUUCUUAAAGCUUUUUUUUGGGGUUCUUAUGGACCAAUGCUAG